AUGAAUUUACAUACUGUUUUUGUUUAUGGAACUUUAAAAAGAGGAGAACCAAAUCAUCAUUGGCUUCAACUCAAAGAUAAUGGUUAUUCAAAGUUUUUGGGAAAAGGAAAAACGAUAAAAAAAUAUCCUCUUGUCAUAGCAUCUAAAUAUAACAUUCCAUUUCUUUUGCAUAGUCCAGGAAGAGGUGAAAAUGUUAUCGGUGAAAUUUAUGAAGUGGAUGACCAUAUGCUGUUUAAAUUAGACACAUUAGAAGAUCAUCCAUAUUUUUAUGUGAGGGAAAUUGAUUUCAUUCAGUCAAUUUCAUCAACUGAGUCAACUACAUAUGAGACAAACAAAGAAGUAGAAUGUUGGAUUUAUUUUUUAAAACAAUUCAAACCUUCACUUAUGUCAGAGCCAUUUUUAGUCGAAUAUCAUUCCGAUGGUGAUCAUGCGAAACCUUAUACAGUUCAUGAAAAAAGAAUACCUGGUUAUCAUGCCAAAACUGAUGUUUUACUUUCAUGA